GGCAAAUGAAGCCAUGUUUUUGCUUACAAACAAGUAGCGUUCAUACCGCCCCGUUCUGGAUCCUCGCUCGUCCGUAGCAGCACCAGCGAAGAGCCGUAUCUCUUCCCCGCUGUCACUGAAUCUAUCGGGAUACUACUGAAGUAGAGUUUAGUUUUCUUUUAGAAAAAUCUAUAAAUGGGAUAUUUUAACCCAAACUGUCUUACAGCGUACUGAAUUAUACACGUCGAAGACGAGAGAAGCGUCUGUCGGAGCAGCUUUCGGGAUUAUUUUUCCCCACUCAGAAAAUGAGUACCGGGGGAAACUCCUGAACCAGCGCUGGACGCGAGGAGACAAGAUCAGCCGCUGCCGGCCCUCUCUCAGACUGCAGAGCCGACCAAUCAAAAUGAGUUUGGAUACUGACGACAAGCGCACUCGCACACGGUCCAAAGCAGGAAGAGUUCCCUCUGAGAUUGUUGGACAGGAGCUGAGUGCUUUGAGCUGCCCGUUGGCCAGAAAAAGGCGCCUACAGGAAGCAGAGUCAGAGCAACCCGCCUCCAAGAGGAAGUCCCACCCGCUGAAGCUGGCAAUGGAUGAAGGCUUCAAUGCAGAGAGUGAGGGGAGCGGAGAAGAGACGGAGUUGAGGGAGGAAGAGGAGGAGGGUGAAGAACAGGCACCGCAGGCUGGUGAUCAAGAGGAGCAAGCGAAACACAACACAGAGAGCAUUAAUACAGAAGAAGAGGGUGGUGAUGAAGAGGAGUGCAUCAUCAUUGAGGCAUCCAGCACAGACAAGCCCACGCUCUCAUCCUCUGAGGAUCUCUCCAACUAUCAGCACAUAGUGGCCAACUCAAUGACCCACCUCAACAACCACAACAAUGGUCCCGUAUCGCCGCAACAACAACACCCUGUCACAGUGGAAACGCAAGAUAAAAGCCCUUUUAGGGAACCAGAGGAAGAAGAGAAAGAAGAAUAUGAAACGAUGAACGAAGUAGGAGUUCUGGUGACGAGGGAGAAUGGGGUGAUGAGAAAGACAGGUGAGAUGGAGGAUAAAGAAGAGGACAUGCGCACUGAGACCCAGAAAGAGUCAGACCACCAGUAUUUUACUGAGGAGAUGCAAACACAAAAGGAUGAAGAAGAUGAUGAUGAGGAUGAGAUGCAAAAAGGAGAGGCAUACAUGGAGGAGUACAAUGAUGUUAGGUCUGAAGAGGAAGGGGAGAGAGAAGCCCCUUCGGUUAUCACUGCCACUCAGGGAUCCCACGUAAGGGAAGACUAUGUUUCCCACAAACUCACUUUGCCAGAAAGUUACAGCUCCAGUAAGGCCGCCACAUCAUCUCCCGUGGUCAUCGAAGUGCAGUCUGAGGAGUCGGAGAGGGAUGCCGACGUGGACGGGAAUGAUGAUGAUGAUGAUGAUGACGGGGACGACGACAGCUUGUCUCAACGCUCAACGGUGGCGGACGAGUCCGAGAUGUUCGACAUAAUGCGGGGGAACCUGGGGUUGCUGGAGCAGGCCAUUGCUUUGAAAGCCCAACAGGUCAAAGCUCAUCGGGAGCUCAGCCGCAUUCCCGAACACCACCGCUUUUUUCCUCUCGACGACCGGACCGGCAAACACAUGGAACAUAUCCGCAAGAGCUGCUUUGGAAAAGAGAGUUCCAGAUCAGAGAAGCGAGAGAUCAAAUGCCCAACCCCCGGGUGCGAUGGAACGGGUCACGUGACCGGACUCUAUCCCCACCACCGCAGUCUGUCAGGCUGCCCACACAAAGAUCGGAUCCCUCCAGAGAUUUUGGCCAUGCAUGAGAAUGUCUUAAAGUGCCCAACACCGGGAUGCACUGGUCAGGGUCAUGUCAACAGCAACCGCAACACACACCGCAGUUUGUCUGGAUGUCCCAUCGCUGCUGCCGAAAAGCUCACAAAGGGUCAUGACAAGCAACACCUGCCCCAGCCCAUGGGCGAACACAUCAAGGGCAGCCCAAACUCUGACCGUGUACUCAGGCCCAUGUGUUUUGUGAAGCAGUUGGAGAUUCCUCCGCACGGCAGCUACAGGCCCAGCCUCGUCCCCGCCACACCACGUGCUAAUCUGGCCAAGGAACUGGAGAAGUACUCCAAGGUGUCCUUCGAUUAUGCAAGCUUCGACGUGCAAGUGUUUGGCAAGCGCAUGCUCGCCCCAAAGAUGCACACCAGCGAAACUUCACCCAAAGCCUUCAAAUCCAAACCUCCAUUCCCCAGGGCCUCCCCCCCAAGUCCCAGCUUGCACGUAGGUUAUGGAAAAAGCUCCUCCAGUGGGUAUGAUUAUUCCCAUGAUGCCGAAGCUGCCCACAUGGCUGCCACUGCGAUCCUCAACCUGUCCACACGCUGCUGGGAGAGACCAGAGAACCUCAGCAUCAGACACCCAGAUAAGAGUAUGGAAAUUGAGGUGGAUGAGAACGGCACAUUGGACUUAAGCAUGAAGAAGCCCAUAAAGAGAGAACUGGGCAUGCCUUGCACCAGCCCUGAAGUGCGUUCCCCUGAUCUGUCUUCAUCAUCUUCAUCAUCAUCCACGUCUAUCCACCACGGCAACAGCAGCAUCUCGCCCCACUCUUUACACACCUACAAACAAGAGGAGUGGGAGGGGCCUCUGGACUACACCAAACCCAAUAGGCAGAGAGAGGAGGACCUAGAAGAGAUGGAGCACAGCGCUCAGUCGUUUGCUUCUUCCGACCCUGAGGAUUGCGACAUGAUGCAGGACGGCCUGGAGGACAGGAAGUACCCCGGCGAGGUCACAACCCCCAGUUUUAAGGUCCGGUUCCAGCCCAAGGACACCAAGAAAGAGCUCCUGCUAUGCCCCACUCCGGGCUGUGACGGCAGCGGACACAUCACCGGAAACUAUGCAUCCCAUCGCAGCCUGUCUGGGUGCCCUCUCGCUGAUAAGAGUCUUCGGUCCCUCAUGGCAGCACACACAGCUGAACUCAAAUGUCCAACUGCGGGAUGUGAUGGUUCAGGUCACAUCACUGGCAACUACGCGUCUCACAGAAGUUUGUCUGGGUGUCCACGGGCCAAGAAAGGUGGAAUAAAAACAACUCCCAUCAAGGACGACAAGGAGGACUCCGAGCUCUUAAAAUGCCCAGUGCCAGGUUGUGACAGCCUGGGUCACAUCAGCGGGAAGUAUGCCACUCACCGCAGUGCGUAUGGAUGCCCGCUGGCGGCCAGGCGGCAGAAGGAGGGUUUGUUGAAUGGCUCUCCGUUCUCCUGGAAGGCCUUUAAAACAGAAGGCCCCACAUGUCCCACGCCGGGAUGUGACGGAUCGGGACACGCCAACGGCAGCUUCCUCACCCACCGCAGUCUCUCAGGCUGUCCCAGAGCCUCUCUCAACAAGAAGAAAGCCAAGUUCCCUGGAGAAGAAUAUCUCAGCACUAAGUUCAGAGCAAGUGACGUCUUAGACAACGAUGAAGACAUCAAACAGCUUAAUAAAGAAAUCAACGAGCUCAAUGAAUCCAACAAUGAGAUGGAGGCAGAUAUGGUCAACCUUCAAACACAGAUCACAUCCAUGGAAAAGAACCUGAAGAACAUCGAGCAAGAGAAUAAGGUGAUUGAAGAACAGAACGAGGCGCUGUUUAUGGAACUGUCUGGACUCAGUCAAGCUCUUAUACGCAGUCUGGCCAACAUCCGCCUGCCUCACAUGCAGGAGCCAAUCACAGAGCAGAAUUUCGAGAGCUACGUGAGCACCCUAACUGACAUGUACACCAAUAAGGACUGCUACCAGAACCCAGAGAACAAGGCCCUUCUGGAGACCAUCAACAAGGCGGUGAAAGGCAUCAAGGUCUGACUAGGCCAAAAGACAAGGAUGAGGAACAGAAGCGUGGAAGAGAAAUAGAAACGUAGAGCCAUGGGAAGAGCGUACAAAUGACACACAAAAAAAGGGCAUUCAGGUUUUUUUGAACAACAAUCUAAACCUCCAUCCCAGGGAGCAUUCUGUGAGUUCAAAAAGAGGUUUAUAAUAUAUAUUACUAUAAGGACCAAAAUCCACAAAAGCUGCUGGAUUGGAAGGCGAAGAUGGAACCAAAUUCUUUAUUUACAAAGAAAAAGAGACACAAACCUAGUUUUUCUUUAGUUUUUGCUUUUACGUUCAAACGGUGAGAAGUUUUGGAAGAAGAACCUCCAGAAGAUGUGCUGCCCAGGCUUUAGGUGAAAGAGAGUCUUUUUACUCAUUUGUGAGGAUGCUGCUCCUACGAAACAACAAAUGCGACGCUCCAAAUGCAAGCGAUCCCUACGUGAGCCCCGGCAGAACAGGCAUAUGCAGUAUUUGCUCAUCUUUCCUUCUUUUCCCGAAGAAAACGAAAGUGGUUUCGGGGAAAUCAAACAUACAAAAAGUGAGCGGAAUGCGUGCACAACCUUAUCAGUGCCAUGCGGUUGACUCUGUAAAUCCCACCUGUUGAAACACUACUUUCUCCAUUUUAUUGUUUAUUGGGUUGUUUUGUUUUAGAGCGACACACAGGCACAUUCGCUUGCUCUCCUUUCUUCGUAGUACUUAGGAAUAUUUACCCAGCGUAGUCAUAUCUAUUACAUAUGAACAAUGAGUUGCACUUCAUUUCAGUCCAUUCAACAUCAGACAAGAUGUUGGAUCGUCACUGAUCUAUAAAUUAUACGAAAUUUGUCCAGACUACUGUAAUUUAUUUAUAUUUUGUUAUAAUUUAAUUUUAACUGUAUUAUUUAUUUGAAUUCACCUAUUUAAAUAUUCACAGCCCUUCUGUUUAUAAACGGUCAUGAAAAUGUGACAAGGAACUUGCCACAUCAAUAUUUGGGAAGAGGGGGGAAAAAAAGAAAAAAAUGUACCACUAAUUUUUAUAACUUCGUUUCAUUUGAUGAUAGAAUUUUAUCCAUAGAGUAGAUUUUUUAAGUGCAAAUAUUUUUAACCAACGAUGUUUUGAUAAUUUUGUAUUUUCUUUUUCUCUUUCUCUCUACCUGUAUCUCUAUCUCUUGCUGUCUCUAUUUGCAUUUUAUUUUUUAUUUCGAAUUUCUAACACAGCUGAAGGAGAAGUAUAAUCUCUAUUUAUUAUUUAUUUAAUAUUUAUGAUGAAAUUAUGAACUGUGAUACGGUUGUAAUGUAUAUUUAUUUUGUAACGUCUUCGUGUGUUUGUGAAGUCUUAGUAGUCUUGAAGAACCUUUGGCGAUAUAAAAAUAAAAACAAAAAAACAUGUUUUGGACUACAGAAUAAGACAUGAUGAUUAUCGAGGGUUUUCCUUAUACCAGCAUAACUUCCUAUAGGAAUGUAAAGAGAGAAAGAAAAGCAAUUCCAGUACUAUGGAACCUACAGCUUUGACUCUCUCCCCGUCCGUCUCAACAGGAAGGAGACGUUCUCCUGGAUUUUCUUUUUUUUUUUUUUAUACCUCCUCAAGCUCUCAGUAGUGGCCAAAAACUGUUUCCCCUGAACGAUCCUAAUGAAUUGCAAAUGGAUUAUUUUUGCUUUCUUGCUAAACUUAUCUUUAUUGGACAAUGGGAAGCGGUGGGUGGGCGGGCGGGCGGGCGUUUUUGUGGCGAGGGCACAGAAGACGAACACCAACCAUCCUGAAAGAAACUCUUGAACCACAAUGUCCUUACUCGACUAGUAUCAAACAAGCAUACACCCGUGUAGCCUUAUACUAGAUUUUUAUUUCUUCGAUGCACAAAGUGCCACUGACCUGUGCUUUCAUUACCAACUCCGCCCAUUCAGCACCCACACUACCCUCGGGUCAUGUGACCGUGGCCUAAGUGGGGAUUGUUACAGAUGCCUUUAUUCCUUUGCCGUGAUGGCCAUACCUACACAAUAUAUUCAUUCUGUAUUUAAAAGACAAAAGACAAAAAAAAAAACUAUAUAUAGUAUAUAAACAUACAUAUAUUUUUACAGUGUAAUUGUUAACUCUUUUGUUUCUCUUAUAAUAGCUAAACAGAAACAAUAUCUUUCCAAAAGCUGUGAGUACUAUUAUCCAUAGAAGACUAAAUAAUAUAUAAAUAUAUAUAUAUAUAAAAGACAGACCCAGUUUACUGCGGUUGCAGGAUACGUGUGUUUUUGUUUUUUUGUAAUAUGUAAACGUACACUUGUAAAGCAAAGAAUACGAGGAUGUUUGUAGAGUUUCCUAUUUUCUGGUCCAAACUCACUGGGCCUCUGUAUGUAUGUCAUCCGCUUUAAUGGGCCAAUGGUUAACAGAUUAGUCUUAGGCUUUUAAUCGUUUAGACGCAUUGUAGUGUGCUGGAAGUUCUCCUCGAUGGAUCUGUCUUUAGUAUUGUAUGGUGUUGUGCAGUUCUGGUGGGAUACGCCACACUAGAUCCGUGUGUAAAAUGCCAAUAAUCAUCGCAAUGACAACUGUAUGACUCAUAAUAGCGAGUCGUGAAAUGAACAUUGUGCCUCUAUUCAGCUGGUCGUUUUGUUAAAUAGUACACAUGCGGUCAUGUUGUUCAUUUGAUAUUAAGGCAGCAAUAUUGUGAUGGACAGAACGUGUGUGCACUUUUCAAAAAUCUUGAAUGCCAACUAAUGAGCUUUCAACUAAAAAGAUUUUCUUUGUGCGCUUGGGUGUGUUAGCGGAUUCUUUUUUUUAUUUUAUAUUUUGAAAAAAAAAGGUACAAAUGGCUAAUGGACGGCUAACAACAGAAUUGAGAAUAUCGCAAAUGUCUUUUGACUUGUUUGUUGUUUAAUGCGAAUCUGUGUCUUGUCUGAAAUGUCAAAUGCCCUUUGACCGAAGUUUUUCAGUUUUUGCCUAGUCACCAAUACGAAAGAAGGCCCUGUACGAUAUCAGAUCUGUUGGCCCUCAGCAACAAGCCCUUUGUUAAAAUGAAAAAAAGAUGCAAAAUGUGCUGGUAUGAGCGUUUGCUUGAAGAUUGUCAUUGGCGUGCCCUCGCGCACAGAAGGAGACGCUAGUUGCAUAAAUCUUUGUCCAUUUCCACAGAAUGUCAGAUCCUCUGCCGGCCUCGUUCUCUGUAACCUUUCCGCAGGAAAGAUGUCUGCGUUGCAUUUCAACACCGCAGCAUUUCCUUUGCUUUAGGAGGAAUCUGUAGAUCUUGUCUAUCAGUAGCGGCAGGAUUUUCAUUAGAGUUCCUCCUUCUAUUAAACUGCGCAGAGGGAAUACUCACUACAGAUGUCAUAUCCUCUUAUUACGACGGGAGAAACAUUUCUAUCUGCAUAAUACUACUGACGUGAGAUAGCCUAAAGCAUGCGUGAAUUAUUCUUCCUCGGUGCAUGCUUCUUAAACGCCUGCUGUCUUUGAUGAUGAGCAGCUACGAGUGUUGCGCGGCGAGGUUGAGUGUGUUGAAUCCCCCUAAUAAUGUAGCAUGUUCUCUGGAGCAGUGUAGCAUCUGCAAAUGCAAGUUAGCAUAUGUAACCCCUCCCCAUGGAACCAAAUAAGGGUUUGUAUUUGUAGGGUAACGGAUUGAUUUAGCACCUUUCGGACCUUUCCGAGACUUGUGCCAAUUCUAGGUCAAUUAAGAAGGGUUCCUAUGUAAUUUCAUGAGAAACGAUAACAGCUAAAAAGUCAGAAGGCUUAAAACGGCACUGUUUGUCCCAUUAAGCUGAUAUAACCAAAACGGCCCUCAUUCUGUAGGUACUGUAGCUUACAGCUCUGUGGUUUUCUCAUGUGUGCCUUUUCUCGCUUCUGUUCGCUGCAGAAAAGGGUGUGUUUACAUUUAAGGACUGGGUUUAAAUCCCACUCAGGACGCCAAGUUUUUCUCCUUUUUUGGGGGUGGGGGGAGGUAAUAGGAUUUCAGCAAAGUGGUGAACACAAAGAACAGAUCAUAUUGAAAUUGAUAUUCAGCUUAUUGUUGGACAUGAAAUAAAUCACAUAUGUAUUAUUCUUCCCAAAACUGUGAUUCUGAUUCAGGUAUGAAACUGUGCGGUGGUUCAUUUCAUUGAGUCUGAAAUAAUCAUGGGACGUAUCAUAGAUGAAGCAUUUAUGCACGGCCAUUAUUCUGACAACAAUGGGAUUCUGUACAUUUGUAAUAAAGGACAGUGUUGUUGUAUUCAAGAAUAUUUCCAAGUAAACUACAAAAAGAAAAAAAAACUUGUAUUUUAACCCACGGCCAAGGCUUGUCCUCUUUCAUUCUUUUUAUAGAGAUUACAGCUAUUUUUACUGGUGAUUUUGUAGCCACAAAACGAUUCUCCUUUAGAAAAUGACAAAAAAAAAAAAAUGGUACUUCCAAAAAUAGUAAUAAUAAUAAGCACUUCCACAGUGAUAGACUACAUGUUUUAGUCACUUUUGUAGCAGUGGUAGUAUUAUUGCUGAGGUUUUAUUUCAGUAGAGCAGGACAAGCUAUGGCUGUGCGUGAUUUGAGGUAACUUUGGAAAUGAAGUGUGUAGUUGGUUUUGGAUUGUGACAGUGUUUGUGUAUCCUUGUACCUGUGCUCAUUGAUAUCAGUGUUAAAAGAGAACAGUAAUGUCUGUUUUGUGGAGGUAUCGUUCAUUUUAGUGUUAUAUAUGGAAAACAUAAAUAAAGUGUCAAUAAUGUGA